AUGGCCGUCCAUCUCGUGAUGGUGGCCAUGGAGGGCUGCCCGGCAUUCAGAGGAUCCUGGCUGUCGUCCCGCACCCUUUGCUCCAACCCCAGCCACUCUCGCUCGCUCCCUCUCAUCCUCUCUCGGCAAUGGGCUCGGCCCCCCACUUCCCCACGCUCUGCUGCUAUUCCCAUCCCACGACGCCUCUCCUUCUCUCCUCCACCUCCUCUCUUCCCAUCGUUUCUUCCCGAACCCUAACGUCUCGCCUCGCCCACGGCUCGAUUCUCCGCCUGGGAUUCGUCCCUCUCUCGUCGUGGAUCGGUCUGAAGCAUUUCGGCAUCUCAUUCCGGCAAGGUUACGGCCACAGAGAAAAGAAGGGAAAAUGUUGUGGUAAAGUUGUUUAUGCUUCUUUGUUUGGAGUUGGAGCUCCAGAAGCUUUGGUUAUUGGAGUGGUGGCUUUGCUAGUCUUUGGUCCUAAAGGACUAGCUGAGGUGGCACGCAACUUGGGAAAAACUUUGCGUGCUUUCCAGCCAACGAUAAGAGAGCUUCAGGAGGUGUCAAAGGAAUUCAAGAGCACCCUUGAACGGGAGAUAGGACUUGAUGAAGUUGCAUCUUCUACAAAUUACAACAUCAAGCCUACUCCAAAUGUCAAUGAAAAUCAACAAGUUGUAAUUGACCCAAAUGGAAAGCAUUCAGCUGGACCAUACACCAGUGAAGAACUUUUGAAAAUCACAGAAGACCAGCUGGCUGCAUCUGCUACCAGACCUCAAACAGAGGCAUCCCCUUCUGAAGAACAACCGCAAGAUUAGCAUGUCUUCUGACAGUAGCAUCAUCAACUUCAGAAGUUGCAGCCGCCAAUUCCUCAGAAGUUCCAGCUUCUCCUGUUGCUCCAGAUGCUGCUGCUCAAGUACCUUCAUCUGAGAAGGCAGAGAAUGAUAGAUGACAAUUUCUAAGCGAGCAUCAUCAUAAGAAGCUACAGGUCAAGAGGACAAUAACGUUGUCCAUACUAAAACUGGAGCUAUAAAGUCAGAAAUUUCUGGUGAUAGAAGGGAAUCUUGUACUCCUUGUAGGCUUGUGUCUGUGAUAUUUGUAUAAUGUGAUUGGAGAUGGGCAUAGCAUCAUUAAUGGGUCAUAGAAUUAUCAAGCUAGUUGUCCGGCUCAUGUUGCGGGUUUCGGAUACGUGUCUAUGUCUUUUUCCCCCAUCAAGCAGCUAAUAGAAUGAGAUUCUUUGAUAUUUUUAA